UCUUAUGUCAUUUAAAGCCCGGCAUAUUUGUAAACGAGUAACAUAAUAAGUUGGGAAUGUCUGAUGCUGGCGAGCUGAAUUCAUCGCAGUCGCAUUCCCAAUUGAUUGAGGUGCAGGUACAUCAUGUGGGCGUUACGGCCAAGCUGCAAUCGCCUUUAAAAAAGCUACUGCCCCAACUGAGCAGCUCAACGGAAACGGAACUGUUUCAAACAACCAAAUCGCAGUACAAUAUGUUUGAGAACGAACAAGGACAAGGUGAUACGACGGCGACGACAACAACUGGCCUGUCCAGUCCGUCGCGAGUGCUCUAUGAGAUGCACGCGGAGCCGGAGAAGCAUCUAAUCAAACCGAAACGCAUUGAGUUCCAGCGCUAUUCCAAGAGCAAGUGCACCAGAUUCGCGGUGCCGCCGCGCCAACGUCCGAAUAAAACCAAACAAUAUGCGCCCACGGCAAAGGCCCUACAGGAGCAGCAGCAGCAGCAGCACCAGCAAAAGCAGCGCCAACAGAAGCAGCAGCAGCAGCGUCCCGGCUUCCUGGAGCGACUUGUCGCCUCGCUGGAUAACAUGUGCAAGUGCCAGCCACAGCAUGCCCACAAUAUCAUCGACGAUCUGCCGUCGCCCAAAUGGAAUAAGAAGGCCGCCUCCCGACACACUUGCAUUGGUGUCUAUCCGUUCGAGCACGGCUGUGCGGAUUACUUGAGCACCACGGACACACAUCCCAAGAUUAACUCGAUCAUGCUGGCGGAUCGUGCCACCACCUAUGCGACACACUUCUGGGCCGAAUUCUUUGGCCUGUUGCACAUUGGCGUCGCCUUCGUGGUGGCCUUUGUGCUGCAAUGCUACAGAUUCGUGCUGUACUCGAUGAUCAAUACCCUGAUUGUGGGCCUGCUCCAUACGACCUCCGACUAUUUGGUCAAGCCGGCGUUGACCGUUGCCUUCAAUGGCUUCCUGCAGCCGCCCAUGAUAUUUUUAUAUAAUGUGAUGUGCUCGCUGCGUGACAUUAUGGAACCGCUGGCGGACACCUUGGACAACUUUAUGAAGCCGUUGGCCACUUUGGGCGGCAGCCUACGUCUGAUUAAUGUCAACUAUCGCAAUGUGCGACGGUUCGCCAAGGAUGUAUGAUUUCUCACUCUUUUCUCACGCUUUUCUCACGAUUUUCUCAAAUUGUACAACUCUUUAAAUAA